UAGGGGGAAUAGUCUCUAUCAGAGUUGAAGUGAGGCUUUUACUCUGAAAGGAACCGUAGCGGAAGUGUUUCUGUCACUGAGGAAGUACACAGUUGGGAUAGUCCUAGAGUAAACUCCUGUUCCUAGCCGCGAGUAUCUUGGAUAAAUCAGAGGAUGGAAAGCGUUUGCCUCGACAGUUUAAUCGAGAAGCUCCACAAUGUGAACGCGGUGAAAUUCGGAGAGUACAAGCUGAAGACCGGCAUGCUGACACCCAUCUACAUCGACCUGAGGGUCCUCGUGUCCUUCCCUGUGCUUAUGAAGCAGGUGUCAAACCUGAUCUACCAGCAAGUGCAGGAAGAAGGGUUACAGUUUGACCUGGUGUGUGGAGUCCCAUACACAGCCCUGCCUUUGGCCACAGUUAUUUGCAUUACACAUGAAAUACCCAUGCUCAUCAGGCGGAAGGAAGCCAAAGGCUAUGGAACCAAGCGUCUGGUGGAGGGGUCUUUCCGUGAGGGAGAUACAUGUCUGAUCAUUGAGGACACUGUGACCAGCGGCAGCAGCAUCCUGGAGACUGCCGAGGUGCUCUACAAGGAGGGUUUGAAGGUAACAGAUGCCGUUGUAGUAAUGGACAGAGAGCAAGGUGCCGUGGAGAUGUUGGCCUCUCGGGGAAUCAGGGUCCAUCCCAUCAUCUCUAUGUCCAAGCUGCUCAAUGUGCUGCUGGCUACCAAACGCAUCGACGCCCAAACCGCUCAGAGUGUCCGCAAGUUCAUCACGGAAAAUAGCACUUUCGGCCCCAAGGAGGCGAAUGGCAGUGGUGUUUCUGCCACCAAGAAGCCUUGUAUUGAACAGAACCAGGAGCUGAGCUAUGCAGACAGAGCCAAACUACCAAAUGUUCACCCUCUGGCAUCCAAGCUGCUGAAGAUCAUGGAGGAGAAGCAGUCGAACCUCUGUGUGUCCGCCGACGUGACCGGCAGCGAGGAGCUGCUGCAGCUGGCGGACUCCCUAGGUCCAAAGAUCUGCUUGCUGAAGACCCAUGUAGACAUCCUCAAGGACUACACAGCGGGCUUCAGCCAGAAGCUGCAGACUUUGGCCGAGACACACAACUUCCUCAUCUUUGAAGAUCGCAAGUUUGCUGACAUUGGGAACACAGUCAAGCAUCAGUAUGAAGGUGGUUUGUACCAGAUUUCGUCUUGGUCUCACAUAGUCAAUGCUCAUGCUGUGCCGGGGCCCGGGCUGCUGAAGGGUCUGAGUGCUGUAGGAAAGCCUCUGGGCCGAGGCUGUUUGCUCAUAGCACAGAUGAGCUCCGAGGGGUCACUUGCCACUGGUGAAUACACAAAGGCUGUGGUGAAAAUGGCAGAGGAGCAGUCGGACUUUGUGAUGGGAUUUAUCUGUGGCUCUAAGAUCAGCAUGAGGCCAGAGUUCAUCCACAUGACCCCAGGGGUGCAGAUGCAGGUUGGAGGUGAUGUGUUGGGCCAGCAGUACACCACACCAGAGGAAAUUAUCUGCAGCAAAGGCUCUGAUGUCAUCAUUGUGGGACGGGGUGUGUUGGAGGCCCCUGAUAGGCUGAAAGCUGCUGAGUCCUACAGAAAAUCAGGCUGGGAUGCUUAUAAAAAGAGAAUGGGCCAGAGUGACCAAUAGGAUCUGUAUCACUGUGUCUAAUUUCAAAAGUAAUCUACAGCUCUAAUAAGGACACGUCCACGUGGUCAGGAAGUAUUGCUAUGUUAUCUAGAAAUAGGUGAACCUCCACUGGCUUACAUUGUUAAAGCAGGAGCACAAGGUGAGAUUCCACCAACGAAGACUGCUGCUGCCCACCAUUCCUGGGGAUGCUUUUGUUUACCUUCUGUAGUAUGGGACCAAUAUUUGUAGUAUUAAAAAGUGUGCCUGGCUAAUCCUUUUAUGUACUGAAUAAUAUUGAGUUUACAAUUUAGGGCAUUUUUCAGCACACAAACAUCUUAAGCUGCCCAUUUUCUACCUACAUCACUGUUCACACAGUCACACGUACGCUGCUGACUGGAGCCGGAUUAGUCAUCAGGGCUGUCUUAAUGCCAGUGCCUGCCAUCCACACUGCAAAUAAAAAAUAAUGGGCCAACAGUCAUGCUCCUAAAUACAUACAGUAUAUAUUCAGUUAUAAUGUAACAUGGGAUCACAAAAGUGCUUUGUUGAUUUAUUAUCUGUCCAAAAAGAUGAUCGAGUUUUGUUUAUACAAGAGAGACUUGCCUUGACUUUGACACCUCCCUUUACAAGAAGACAGACGGUUCCUACCGGGCUGACAGGCACCAAAACAACUUCACGAUAUUCUGGGUGGUAUUCUCCUAUUUGAUUUACUGGAUAAAUGUAAUGUAUUUUAUUUUUAUGACAAAGUGGAAAUGUAUUUUCUGAAAGAAAGAAAAGAUUUCAGUCUUAUAUGUUGAAAAGUGUGUUGUGUUUAAUGCUUAAAUAAUGUUCACAUUCUGUGAACUGUAUGUAGGCAAUAAACUUCCCGUGGUACGGUGAAACCUGUUUGAAACACCAUGAUUUUAUUGGGCAGGUUUCACUUCAUCUUUUUUACACCAAGUGUAAGGGGAAGUUUGAUGACUUAUCUAAGGCUAUAAAAGACUAUUGUGUCAGGA